CCCGCAGGCCGUGGCGGUUGGUUCCGGCCCGGCUGUCGCGUCGCGGCCGGCGGCCGAGGCAGGAGGCGAGGUUCGUGGGAUGCUGCUGAGCCGCCCCGGGGUGGAGAAGACGGAGCAGGCGGUGGCGGUCAGGCGGCUUCUGCGCGCCGGAGGGGCGGCCAGAUCCAAAGUAAUGAAGAACUGGGGUGUGAUCGGGGGCAUUGCAGCUGCUCUUGCUGCUAGCAUUUAUGUCUUGUGGGGUCCCAUCGCUGUCAGAAAAAGGCGCAGAAAAGGGCUAGUGCCAGGCCUACUUAACCUGGGCAACACCUGUUUUAUGAACUCUUUGCUCCAAAGCUUGUCUGCAUGUCCAUCUUUGAUCAGCUGGCUGGAAGAAUUCACAGUUCGGACGGAGGCCAACCAGCCUGCAUCCUCUGGGAACCAGUGUUUGUCCCAUACGUUACUCCGGCUCCUGAAAGCUUUAUCCUGUCAAGAGGCCACAGAUGAGGACAUCCUGGAUGCCAGUGGCUUGUUAGAGGUCUUAAGGACGUACAGGUGGCAGAUCUCCUCUUUUGAAGAACAGGAUGCCCAUGAGCUCUUCCAUGUCCUCACCUCUUCAUUGGAGGACGAAUGGGAUCACCAGCCACGGGUCACGAGUCUGUUUGAUGCACACUUGCUAGAGCAACCUGAAAUACCCCACAAGCAAAUAUGUUGCAGAAUGAGAGAGUCGCCUCAUUCUGUGUCGAAUCACUGGAAGCUGCAGCAUCCUUUUCACGGGAGACUGACAAGCAACAUGGUUUGCAAGCAUUGCAGGCAUCAGAGCCCUGUGAGGUACGAUACUUUCGACAGCCUGUCCUUGAGCAUUCCUGCCACUAAGUGGGGCCACCCCAUGACCCUGGACCAGUGCCUCCACCAUUUCAUCUCUUCUGAGUUGGUCAAGGAUGUCGUCUGCAACAACUGCACCAAAGUAGAGGCACAGGGGAGCAGCCAAGUCGCAGAGAACCAGAGAACAACCUUUGUUAAGCAGCUGAAGCUGGGGAAGCUUCCACAGUGCCUCUGCAUCCACCUGCAGAGGCUGAGCUGGUCCAGCCACGGCAUGCCUCUCAAGCGGAACGAGCACGUGCAGUUCAGUGAGUUCCUCAUCAUGGACAUCUACAAGCAUCGCUUCCCCACCCACAAAUGGAACCCCAGGAGCAAUCUGGAGGCAUCGCCUCAUCCAAACUCUCCAGAUGUGGAACAGCUGGAUGGUAAUAAACCCUCGUUCAUGAACGGCACCUGCUCCCCAUCGUUGCUGACAUCCCCUAUAGGAUUUCCCUUCAUGGCAGCUUCUGACUGCAGCUCCCCGGCGUAUCUCUACCGGCUGAUGGCUGUGGUGGUCCACCACGGGGACAUGCAUUCGGGACACUUUGUGACGUACCGCCGCUCCCCGCUUUCCAAAAACUCACUGGCUGCCAGUAAUCAGUGGCUGUGGAUUUCAGACGACGUGGUGCGCAAAACCACUUUGCAGGAGGUCCUCUCGUCCAGCGCUUACCUGCUCUUUUACGAGCGCGUCCAGUCCAGGCUGCAGCAGCAGAGCAGGGAGCUCCGGGCUGAGGAGUGAUGGAGCUGCAACAGCCCCGUCGAUGUUCUCCUCUGGGGACAGUGAUGUGCUGUCGGUCAUGUGCAGCUGGUCCAAGUUAGCCUCUGUCAGCAGGGGCAGUCAUGGGAUCCCACCACCCGAAGUCAGCGCUCUAACCUUGUGCUCUUCCACAUGCGUGUCCGUGUUAGAGAAGUGUGUCCCAUGUGCUGGUAGAGCUCUCAACCGGUGAGUUUCACGCAGUGACCUCCCCAGGCCACAGUUCCAGUUUUUACCUCCAUUUCAUGUACUGCGAUGGAACGAGCAUCAGCCUUUGGAGGGGAAAAUGCGCCUUUGUGACAGUGUCGUGCCCUCUGAGAACAGGGAGGUUGAGCAUCUCUCUAUCCACAUAGAACUGCCGCAGAGGCAUGCUCGAGUCCCAGAGGGAGUGCAGUGGCCGAUGUGUUGGCCACACAGAGUCAGAAUGCCCGGUCAGUCUGUGGUCAAGAGGUCCUGGGUCGGCUGCAGACCACACCUUUCGCCCAAGAGCCUCUUUCUUCUCUCUCCUGCCUUCUUUCUCUGUGCUGCAGCUUAUCCCCCUUCCUUGCUCUUUCAUGUCUGUCUGUCGUCUCAGUUCUGUGCCAGCCGAUCAGCUUAGGUGAUUUCAUUGGCGCAAGCAAGGCAUACCUGAUGUGGGAGCUUUCAGCGGCUCCGACGCAUUUCCCCAUCGAAACUGCCUUCCGGAAGCUGCAGCCACACACACAAACACACCCCGACUGGGGUUUUCAUGGCACAUCCCUCAUGCAAAUGCUCCCCUUUUCCAGCUCAGGAUGGUGCCUGUCGGCUCCUUACCAGCUCCGCCCACCACAGACACAACAAUUCUCACCCCAAGGACACAGAGACCACAGGCUCAGCCAGGGCAAAGCCAAGGUGGAAAAGUAGAGAGAAUCUACAGCAAAGUGCCUUGAUCUUCUCUAGGAAUCAUAGACAGCAAAUAAGGACCACGCCCCACAUAGUCACUUCCUUCAAAAUUCCAAGUGGAGCAGGAAAAGUGGUGAGAAUUCCUGGUUCCCUGCAGCAUCAGCAGGCUCUCGAGGCUCUGCGUGGUUGAAACUGCAGCAGUUGGAUGGGAAAUGGAUACCCACCCCACCCCCAGCACACGGUUAGUCUGCCCCCUCCCGCCAGCAAUGUCCAAAUGAACAUCAGCCUCAAAAUGCUGUGACACACUGAUGGCAAGAUUGUGUGUCCCCUUCAAGAGUCCAGCUCUGCCAUGAGAGGAACAGCCUUCCCAGCUUCCCUGUGUCCAGCCACCCUCACGCCCCGGGUGUUUUUGCGCCCGUUUUAAGCCUUCAGACCUUUUUGUAUGUUUUAAAGCUACCUCUGCCAAACGUGAGCUGUGGCUUCUGUGUUCAGGAUUAGGUGUGUAUGUGUGGAAUCCAGUUCUUGACUGACAGAGCUGCCUUUGGCACUGCAGAAGCUCAGAAAGGGAUGAUGCCUCUGCAGUUGCUUCCUGCCCCCCCCCGCCCCCCCCCGGUAGGUUUCACACCCCACUGGCGGCCUGCACCCCCUGCAAAGCCCCUUGAUAUUCCCUUGCUAGGAUUUGUGGCUGUGGAGCAUUUCCUGAACAUUAGGUAGUAUGGAAAGAAAGUCUGCUAACCUGAUGCUCUAUUUCCAAAGACUUGCAUAUUAACCUGUCUUGGGCGUUUGGUUCUCCCAGGCAGCAGAUCUAGUGAACUUCUCCCUAUCCCUGAAUGGCCAUCGGCCGCUUCCCAGGGCUGUUCUGAGGCUUGUAAAGGCAGCAAAAGGCAGAGCCUGGUGGCUGCGGAAGAAAAGGGCCCGGCUGACUCUCCCCCAGCCCUGCUUCUGCAAGACUCAGGAUUGGUCCAAAGAGGGCUGAGCUGGAUGGCCUUUGUAGUAACCUUUAGCUUAGUCAGGGGAAAGAGUGGAAGGCCAUUCUUCUUGCUCUUGCCUGCAGAGACCAAGCACUUCUGUUUCCCUCCCUUCCGCCCCCCGUGGCCUUUUCCUUCCCUGCCCACUUUGGUAUCUCUGAAUGUCUCUCCUUCACCUCACUGCCAUUUAUUCAUCGCUUUAAUGAGGGGUUCAGGAAGUAAGGAGGCCGCCUGUAGACCCCUCAUUAAAACACCCCCCUCGUCUGCCUGACAUUAAACCAUCUCCAUCAAUUCUAGGUUUUAAACAAUCACUGAAGAUGCAUUAAUUCUUCUUUGUCCCUUCCCCAUCCACUGAUUCGUUUUUUCCUCUUUUUGAUUCACACCAAUAAAUUAUACACAGGAGCCUC